GUCGUUGCAUCGCCAAUACAUGUAGCAGGAGCACACAAGUAGCAGCGCUGGCCUCCCAAUGGCCGAGGAGCAUUCGACCUGCUGCGCGGUCGAACCGCAGCUCAAGUAUGACAUUCUAGGUGGCGACACCAGCAGCAUCAUAAGCAAAGAGAGGAUAACAUGCAUGACCUUGUCGGAGAAAAUUUUGGCUCUGGGCACGGAGCAAGGGCGCAUCCAUGUGCUGGACUACUCGGGCAACCAGGUGCGCCAGCUGAACGUGCACAAGACGCGGGUCAACGACAUCUCCUUUGACAAGGACGGGGAGCACGUCGCCAGCGCGUCCUCCGACUGCAGUGUUGUGGUCACUAACCUGUACACGGAGCAGGUUACACGGCAUGAGUUCCGGACGCCCGUCAAGGCGGUUGCCCUGGACCCCCGGCCGCCUGCCUCCGCCUCCUCCGCCCGCAGCAGCUGGCGCGACCUGGUCACGGGCAGUGUGGGCGGCGAGGUGACUCUGCACACCAAGGGCUGGCUGGGCCGAGUUGACACGCCACUGGCCGCCGCCGCCAGUCGGGACGCGGCGGCGGGCGGAGUGCUGGCGCUGCGCUGGAGUGGCGCCCUGGUGGCGUGGGCCUUUGACAGCGCGGUGUCGAUUUACGACACACAGAGCUCGCAGCUCGUGCGCACGCUGCGGCGGCACGAGACACGGCCGCCGGGCGCCGCCGCACCGCCGCCGCCGCCGUCGCCACCCGGGGCCGCCGUGCGCCCCGCGCCCGCCGGCACCGCGGCGGCCGCGGCGGCUGGGGCGGCGGCGGCUGGGGCCGCUAGCAGCCUGAACGACCUGCGGCGGUGCUCGUUGCUGUUCGCUCCGGACUCGCAUCUCUACGUGUCGUGGAGUGACGUAAUCCUGGUGGCGCGCAUCAGCACCUACCAAAACAAUGUGGGCGCUGCAGCGCCGCAGGUUGAGGUGGUCGCUCGCAUGAGUAUGACGGAGGCGGUGCUGGGCGUGUCCCCCUACGGCGACAACGACCUGGCAGUACUGGUCUACCCCAACGGCCUUGCCGCGCCCGCUGCGGCUGCGGCGCCGACGGCACCUGCAACACCUGCGGCUGCACCGGCUACAACACCGGCGGCGGCCCAGCCUCAGUCACCAGCUCAAGCUGCUGCAGGUGGCGGCGGUGGCGGUGGCGGCGCCGCCGCACCAGCGGCGGCGGCGGUGCAGGGGACUGCAGCAGCGGGCGGGGGCGACCUGGCCACGCAAGCGGAGGGGGCGGGGCAGGGGGAGGCGCCCGACCCCCUGGCCCCCGGCCGCACGCCGCAGCUGGUGAUCCUGGCCCGGGCCGACCACCGCGAGUGGGCCCGCGACGCCGUGCACCUGCCCGGCGCCGACCGACUGGCGCCGCGGCAGUACCUGGGGCUGCUGCCCUCCCUGCCGCAACACCUGCAGCAGCAGCAGCAGCCGGCAGUAGCAGGACCCGCAGUAGCAGGAUCGGCAGUAGCAGGGGCAGGGGCACCGGGGCCGGCAGUAGCAGCGGCGGCGGCAGCAGGCGGCACGCCGUUCGGCGGGCGCAGCGGCGCAGCGGCGGCGGGCACGGCGGCGGCGGGAGGAGCGACGACGCCGCGGCGGGCGAGCGGCACGGGGGGCGGCGGUGGCAGCGGUGCGGGCUCGGGGGCCGCGACGCCAAGGGCAAGUGUGGCGAGCAGCGUGGGCUCUGUGUCGCCUGCGCCAGGCGGCGGCCUGGGCCAGCCAGCGGCGCCCCGGCGGCUGGUUCCAAUCUGGAUCGACGGCCAGGAGCUGAUGCUGUUCGUGGCGGCGCCUACGGCCGUCGCCACGGCCCGCUCGCGCGACGCCGCGGACCGCGUGUCCUGGCUGCUGGAGCGGCGGCGCUGGGAGGAGGCGCUGGGGGUGGUGGAGCAGGCGGCGCCGGGGGCGCUGCCGCCCGGCACCUACGACAAGGUCAUCGACGGCUACAUUGAGGAGCUGAUGACGGGCCAGGCGUACGACACCGCCGUACAGCUGGCGGGGCGGCUGCUGGGCGGCCAGGCGCAGCGCUGGGAGCGGUUCGUGUACCUGUUCGCGCAGGUCCGGCAGCUGCCCAAGCUGGUGCCCUACAUCCCCACAGACCACCCCCGGCUCAGGACGGCUGUGUACGACAUGGCUCUCCAGUCGCUACUGCCGUCCCCCGCCGACCACCCCACACUGCUGGCUGUAGCAAAGUCCUGGCCGCCCGGCGCCUUCUCCAUGGCGGCGCUUGCGGACGCAGUAGCAGCGCGGCUGCGGCGGCUGCAGCAGCAGCAACAGGCGGCAGCUACUGCUGCUACUGCUGCUACUGCGGCGAGAGGUGGUGGUGGUGGUGGUACGGGAGGGGCGGCAGGAGGCGCGGGGGCGUCGGGCGCGGCGCCGCUGCCGGCAGUGGAUGUGGGCGGCGGCGAGGGCGGCGCGGCGGACCCCCUGUGGCAGCUGCUGGCGUGGUUGUACGAGCAACAGGGCCGCCCCGACUUGGCGCUGUCCAUCUAUCUGCGGCUGCGGUCGCCGGGCGUGUUCGCCUUCGUGACCAGCCACGGCCUGCAGGCCAACCUGCUGGGUCGCGCCGCCGACCUGUUCGAGGUGGACGAGCGGGCGGCGCUGGGGCUGCUGACGGCGCACGCGGACGCACUGCCACCCGGCAAUGUGGUGCCAAGCCUGCAGGACGCCAUGCGCUCCGCCGCCUCGGCCGCCGCCUGCGAGGUGUGGCGGCGGCGGCUGCACGCCUACCUGGCGGCGCUGUUCGCGGUGGACAGCAGCACGGCGGCGGACUGGCACGACCUGCAGGUGUCCCUCACCGCCGACUACCAGCCCUCCAAACUGAUGGACCUGCUAGUCACCAGCCAGUACUACUCACUGGAGGCUGCUCUGUCCAUCUGCGAGGCGCGCGGGCUGGUGUCGGAGCAGGUGUUUGUGCUGGGCCGCAUGGGCAACGCCGACCAGGCGCUGCGACUCAUCAUAGACCGACUGGGCGACAUCCCGCGGGCCAUAGACUUUGUGGUGGGCCAGCGCGAUGAGGAGCUGUGGGGCCGCCUCAUUGACUGGGCGCUGGGCAGCCCCGACACCACAGGCCAGCUGCUGGACUGCAUCGGCGGCUACGUGGACCCGCUGCUGUUGGUCCGCCGCAUCCCGCGCGGCAUGGAGGUGGCGCGGCUGAGGGACCGACUGAGGGCCAUCAUCGCAGACUACCGCACCCAGACCAGCCUGCGCGAGGGCUGCAACGCCAUCCUGCGCUCCGACUGCCGCCACCUGCUGGCGCGCCUGCUGGACGGCAGCCGCCGGGCGCUGCCGUCCGUGCUGCUGCAGCUGCCGCGGCCGGGCGGCGGCGAGGCGGGCGCCGAGGGGGCGGAGUGGUUCAGGUGUGACGUGGUGCACGGCGGCCGCCUGCAGCCCGUGCCGGCGUCCGAGGUGCCCUGGGAGGCGGGCGUGGGCGCAGGGGGCGGGCCGGGCGGAGACACAGCCGCCGCCGCCGCCGCCCACCUGCCGGGCGGCACCGCCGGCGGCCGCGGCUCGAGCUCUCACCUAACGCACGGGGGCGCGGGUGCGGCCGCAGCAGGCAUGUCGCGCGCGCACGGUGCCUCCGCGCCGGCGCUAGAGGCAGCAGGGGCCGGCGGCGGCGCGGGCGCGCGGCGGCGGGCGGCAGCACUGGGGUCGGGCGGCGCAGGAGGCGCAGGAGCCGGCAACGGAUCGGACCUUGUGCCCGGAGGGCUGCCGGCGUGGGCGCUGGAGGACGCAGCAGCUGCUGCGGGAGCAGUGGGUGCGGCUGGAGGGGGCGUCAUGUGGGCGACUCAGCCGGCAGGCACGGUCUCCGAGUCAGGGUCAGGGUCUCGCGGCUUCAGCGCGGGCUCUGGUGCCGGCGCGGGUGCCGGCUCGGGCUCGGGGCUGUGGGUGGGGUUCAAUCUGGCUGCUGGCAGAGCUCGGUUGGGCGGCGAGGACGGGAUGGGUGGGCACCACGGCGGCCCUGGAGGCGGCAACAGCCGCCGCGGCCUUGGCGGCCUUGGUCAGGGUCCAGGCGGCAUCCCGCGAGGGCCAGCCUCAGCAGCAGGGGCAGCCGCCGGAGCAGGCGGUGGCGGUGGAAGAGUGGGCGGCGGCAUGGGCUGGUCGUCGUCAUCGCGGGCAGGGGCAGGGGGCGGGCCUGGCGGCGGCGGUGGCACGGGCGGGAUUGUGCUUGGGUCGUUAUGGCGGCACAUGACUGGCACCAGCACGGCGGCGUGAGGUUGUUUCGGUACUGGCAGGGUGCGUGCAUUGCACUGUGGUGUGAUGUGUGUCAACGCUGCGCGCCAGGUUUGCACGGGUGCGUUCGUUCUUGGUUGCUUGAGGUGAGGCCGGGUGGUUGUGCGUGGGUGGAAACAUGGGUGCUUGCAGGUAUGUGUUUGUGUCAACGUGUUUGCAUUAUUGCAUUGUUACAUUGUUGCAGCCGGAUUGCAAGCUGCGUGACGGUGCACAAAGUCAAGAGGCGUUGAAGAGGAGGGGGCACGGUUUGCAUGGCGCAGUUGGAAGGCGAGAUGGCAACCAUGCACCACCAUCAUCAUUAUUAGGGUGCGGCAUGAGGCAGGCAAUGCAAGACGUGCACUGCCGCUGCGCCGGCCCCACUCGCGCGCGUGGCCUCUCGUGCGUGCGGCGUGCCUGUCAUUAGGCCUGGGCAGCCAACAGGUUGCGGCGGAGUGCCAGAGGGGAGCUCAUUGUGCAUGUGAGGUGACAUCCGGUUCGCUGCGCUGACCCCGAUGACCCACGGGGCCAACCGUAUUGCCGUGACUACGGACUCCCGCCCGGACUCCUUCCCGACCCGCUUGUCUCUUUUCCACACAAUACUGCACACAUUUAAGACAACCCA